GAUAUGGAGAAGGGCAAGAAGUCAGGCUCGGGCAGGGGUUACAUUUCUUGGAAUGACGACAUGGACAAGGCUCUUCUUGACACAUUUGUGGAGUACUAUAACAAGGGUGACAGAUGCCAGAAUGGGUGGAAGUCUCAUGUCUAUACAGCUGCUAUCAAGAAUGUCCGAGAAAUGUGUAAUGUGGAUAUCUCAAAAGACAACAUCAUGGCGAGGAACAAGACCUUUGACAAACACUACACUAUCAUCAAUGGUUAUCACUUGUUAUUUUGGGACACAUUAACUGAUAUGGAGAAGGGCAAGAAGUCAGGCUCGGGCAGGGGUUACAUUUCUUGGAAUGACGACAUGGACAAGGCUCUUCUUGACACAUUUGUGGAGUACUAUAACAAGGGUGACAGAUGCCAGAAUGGGUGGAAGUCUCAUGUCUAUACAGCUGCUAUCAAGAAUGUCCGAGAAAAGUGUAAUGUGGAUAUCUCAAAAGACAACAUCAUGGCAAGGAACAAGACCUUUGACAAACACUACACUAUCAUCAAUGGUAUGCUGGAAUCAAGUGGAUUUGGUUGGGAUUGGAACAAAAACAAAAUAUUUGUUGAUAGUGAUUCUGUAUGGGAAGAGUAUGUGGCGAAAAACAAAGAAGCUUCUAGGUAUAGGCACAAGACUGUCUUGUACUGGGACUCAAUUAGCUUGGUGUUUGGCAAAGAUCAUGCUACCGGUGAAGCGGCAAGGACUGCAGCUGAGAGCUCAAAAGAUAUGAGUAAGGAAGAUCUUAGUAACAAAGAGCCCACAUCAUCGGCAACUUCAGGAAGUUUAAAGAGGCAACGGUCAGGUGACUCUUUUACCUCUAUGAUAGCUGAAAAAAUGGACAAGUUCGCUGAAGCACUAAAGGAGGAAGCCCCUAAAGGACCAACAUCAAAAGAAAUUCUAGACACACUGAAUGAAGUACAAGGAUUGGAUGAAGACACUUUGUUGGACCUAUUUGAUAUCCUGACUGGUGAUGCACGCAAGUACGAGUCUCUGUUGGCGCUUCCAGAGAAGAUGAGGAAGAGGUGGCUUCUAAAACAGCUCAACAAGUGAAGAAACUAGUUCAUCUAUAUCAAGUGAUGGAUAAUAUCUAUUGAACUUGUAA